AUGCCCCUCCCUCCCCGAACAGUCUCCAUUUCCCGAAACACCAACGAGACCAAGAUCCAGGUUUCUUUGUCUCUCGACGGUGGUGUUCUUCCUCCGUUUGAGGCAUCGCAGCAUUUCCCUGCCCCCGAGGACCCCAAUGAAGCAGAGGCUGCUAAACACGGCAUUCUGCCCAUCAAAGAUGCCGGCCAUGCGACGCAGUUCACUCCCACGCAGCAGAUCACGAUAAGCACAGGAAUUGGUUUCUUGGAUCACAUGUUGCAUGCUUUGGCGAAGCACUCGGGUUGGAGUUUGGCUAUUAGAGCCAAGGGAGAUCUGUUCAUCGACGACCACCACACCACCGAAGAUACCUUCCUCGCCCUUGGAUCCGCUUUCACUGAAGCCCUGGGCGCCCGCCAGUCUCUCGCCCGCUUCGGUCGGGGUGAUGCUCCUCUCGACGAGGCCCUCUCAUGGGCCGUGAUCGAUCUUUCCAGUCGUCCCUGGGCCGUGAUCAACAUUGGUUUCCGCCGGGAGAAGAUUGGCGACUUGAGCACAGAGAUGAUUACGCACGGAUUGCAGAGUUUUGCCCAGAACGCCGGAGUGACUCUCCACGUGGGCUGCACUUACGGAGAUAAUGACCAUCACCGCGCGGAGAGUGCCUUCAAGGCAUUGGCAGUGGCCAUCCGGGCCGCUUGCACCCGCCGGAUUGCUGGAGAAAUCGGAGCGGGCGAUGUGGUCAGCACCAAGGGAGUGUUAUAG